AUGGGUGACAAUUUUGACGUCCGACUGCUGAAGCGGUCUCUAGGAGCCACCAGGCAAAAACAUCACAUCAAGGCUUUGUACGGAAAUGCCGCGUGGGCCGAGGACCUCGACAUCGUCAAUGAACUUGGUGCUCACACUGGCUGCGUCAAUGCUCUGAGUUGGUCGGCGAGUGGCAAUCUGCUCGCGUCAGGCUCUGAUGAUACCUAUCUCAAUAUCUGGGACUACAAUCCUUCCGGCCUGCCCAACACUUUUUCCCUCAAUACAAGCGUUUCCACCGGCCAUCGUGCCAACAUCUUCUCCGUCAAAUUCAUGCCCCACUCCGGCGAUCGAACCGUCGUGACCUGCGCGGGUGAUUCCGAGGUCCGUAUCUUCGAUCUAGAAUAUGGCGGUGCCACACAACCUAGCUCAACUCAUUCCGCCUUCUCCGCUAGUACAAGAAGCAGGAGGUUCAAUAGUUUCUUCCGCCAUGCCCGGUGGCUCAAUGAAAGCAAUACCAACGCUCGGGUGUACCGAAGUCAUGCGGAUCGUGCCAAACGGAUCGUGACGGAAUCGAGCCCCUAUUUGUUUCUAACUUGCUCAGAAGAUGGCGAGGUGCGGCAAUGGGACUUGAGACAACCUUCGUCCGCAUACCCCCCACCGCGAGGGGGGCGGGGCUUUGCCAGAUUUCGUGGAGUCUCAGACCCUGAUGCCGGGGACACACCGCCACCCCUAAUUUCCUACAAGCGCUAUGGUCUGGAUUUGAACAGCAUCUCUUGUGCAGCCAGCCAGCCUCAGUACAUUGCAUUAGGUGGCGCUCACCUGCACUGUUUCCUGCAUGAUAGACGGAUGCUCGGUAGAGAUGUCGAAAAUGAAAAAGGUCGUCCGACCGGCCGAAAGCCGGUUGUCGGGACGUUGGAAGACGGAGCAAUGGCUGAAGCAACCAAGUGUGUCCGAAGAUUCGCGCCCAAUUAUCAGCGGAAGAUGACCGCCCGCGAUUAUGGCCAUAUCACGGCCUGCAAAAUCAGUGAUGCUAAUCCAAACGACAUGGUCGUCUCCUGGUCAGGUGAUGAUAUCUACAGUUUUGAUAUUGUCCAGUCCCCGGAUGCAAGGGAUGUUGACCUUCGACUGGAGGAGGCAUUCCAAGCUAGACGUCUUCGGAAUCGGUCUGACCGGAAAAGGAAAAGGGAAAAGGGUAACGCAUCAUCCAGCAGCCGAGGUGAUAGAAGCAACCCCAGCAGACGUCUGCGAAGAGUUCCCGACGCUCAGUCCGAACUUGGCCAGACCGCUCUGACGGCGAGGUACAACAAUGGAGACACUGAAAUGAUACCAAUUGGCUCCACAGAGUCUGAGACCAAUACAGAAUCGACAUCCCAUGAUGACCUGUUAUUUGCUGAAGCACAGCAGUCCAGUCAACGAGUGGCCAAUGCAAUCGUCCGACUGAGAAAGACCCUCUUUGAUUUUUCGUCUCUGUUGAGGGAGAAUAUAGCAGUAUCCAUGGAGAAUUCUACAGAGUUGACUCCAUAUGGAUCGACUUUUACUACCGCCUUGGGUCAAUGUACAACUCUUCUGCCACAGAUGGAAGAAAUGAUUCGCAACUGGACCUACCCAGUCAACCCCACUGAGGAGGACGUUAUGUUAGAGAAUACUCUGCGGAGGAAUCGUCAAGCCACGUGGCGUUUUGUUCAAGCUUCUGGAUGCCUGGCAAAGACACUCGGUGGACGGCUUCAAGUUCUGAGUGCCACCCCUGAUGUCCGGCUUGCGGAUUUCGAUCGCAUUCGACCUACUUCCCAUGAGGGUAAGAACAUUACGAAAAGCUCACAGUUCGGGUACGACUUCUUGAAGGCAAUUCUGUUGUGGUUGGAUGGUGGCCAGGAAGCUGUUCUUCAAGCUUUCAAGAGACCUGCAAAUGUGAGUGCCGAAAGCCCCCGCUUCCCACUGGAUAAGGACGAUGAGAUCGCGACAUUUGCAUCAAAGCUGCAAUCGUACCUCUUGGAUCUUGCCGAUGAAGAUGUUCCCGUCAUUGAUAUCGAGGCCAAUCAAUUCGAGAGAGAUGAAACAAGAAUUGUAUUUGAGAGCCAGACAUCUGCCGUCAUGGCAUUCAUGAGAGCACUUUCAGGAAUUCGGCUUGAGGCAAGACAAGGUAUGUCUGAGAGUGCGACUGAUCUCUCAGGUCCCAGUACCACUGUCCGUGUGAUGGACAAGGGGGCAGCUGCGAGAUUUUGGGGUUUAAAGGUAGGCCGGUCUUUGCUAAUAUCUGCCGCCCGAGGUGUAACAUUUGACUUUGUCAAUCGUGCUUUUGGUGGCAUUCAGCAUGAUCCCGAAGAUCAACCCCAAGAGGAUGUCGAUUCGGAAGAAGAGCGUAUCAUAGAAGCAAUUGAUAUUGUGACCACUACAGGUGCUGCGGAUGCUUCACUUACGGACUCAUCGCAAUCACUCUUGGCCCACCAUGAUACCGUCGACAGUCCACCCGUUUUCAGAGUUCACGUCGGUGAAGCCCGGACGAGUCGUCUCGAAGACUCAGCUCAAGACGAUGACGGCGACGACAACGAAGGGUACAGCUCCGACGAGAGGCAAUCUGAUUCAGAUUCUGACAACGACGAUGACAAUGGUCCACAACGAAUCUUCCUCCGUCGUCGUCCAGGGUUUGGCAGAUCUCGUGAGCGCACCUCGGUCAAUCUAGAUGUACCAUUUACCUCGCAUACCAAAUUUUAUAAGGGUCACUGCAAUAGUCGCACCAUCAAAGAUGUCAAUUACUACGGAUUGAACGAUGAGUACGUCGUGAGUGGUUCUGAUGAUGGUCACUUCUUCAUUUGGGACCGGAAGACCAUGAAAAUUGUCAACAUCCUAGAAGGAGAUGGCGAAACAGUAAAUGUUGUUCAAGGCCACCCUUACGAGCCCAUGAUUGCUUGCAGUGGAAUUGACAGCACAGUCAAAAUCUUCGGCAUUGGUGGAGAAAGUCGAGAACGCGAAAAUGCUAGGCAAGGGAUUGAUGUCGCAAACCCUGCCGGAACUGUGCAUAGCUCGCUUGGCAUCGGUCGCCGAAGUACCGUCAGACGGAUGAGGCACGGUGACGACGAAGAUAGUGAUGAGACUGGCAGGAACGACCACGUACGUACAAAAGGUCUGACGAGCUGUCGUGCCAUGCAUCUCCGAGAUGAAAUCGUCGGUCAGAAUGCUGUGGAGCAGAGGCAUAGUGCAGGUAACACAUUUGUGACGGUAGGUUCAAUGGAAGCAUUACUAGCCAGGGCAUGGGUGAUGUCUAGUCUACAUAUGAUUUGA